AUGGUGCUACUGGUACUAACACAGUUUUUGGUAACCAACUUAAAAAGUGAAUUUCAGUUUGCCAGGGUUUGGAUUCCUGACCCUGAGGAAGUCUGGCGCUCAGCAGAGCUGCUGAGGGAUUACAAACCUGGGGAUAAAGCCCUCCUGCUGCGCCUGGAGGAAGGGAAGGACCUGGAGUACCGUUUGGAUGCCAAGACCAAGGAGCUGCCUCACCUGCGCAACCCCGACAUCCUGGUGGGAGAAAAUGACCUCACGGCCCUCAGCUACCUCCAUGAGCCCGCUGUGCUCCACAACCUCAGAGUGCGCUUCAUCGACUCCAAGCUCAUCUACACGUAUUGUGGUAUAGUCCUGGUAGCUAUAAAUCCCUAUGAGCAGCUGCCUAUUUAUGGAGAGGAUAUCAUCAACGCAUACAGCGGGCAGAACAUGGGUGACAUGGACCCACACAUCUUUGCAGUAGCAGAAGAGGCUUACAAGCAGAUGGCCAGGGAUGAACGGAAUCAGUCUAUCAUCGUCAGUGGAGAGUCUGGAGCAGGAAAAACAGUGUCAGCCAAGUAUGCCAUGCGCUACUUCGCAACCGUGAGUGGCUCUGCCAGUGAGGCCAACGUGGAGGAAAAGGUCCUGGCCUCCAACCCCAUCAUGGAGUCGAUUGGAAAUGCUAAAACAACCAGGAAUGAUAAUAGCAGCCGUUUUGGGAAGUAUAUUGAGAUUGGUUUUGAUAAGCGCUAUCGAAUAAUUGGUGCCAACAUGAGGACUUACCUUUUAGAGAAAUCCCGAGUGGUGUUCCAGGCAGAAGAGGAGAGAAACUACCAUAUCUUCUAUCAGCUUUGUGCCUCAGCAAAGUUACCUGAAUUUAAAAUGCUCCGAUUAGGAACCGCAGAUAGCUUCCUCUACACCAAGCAGGGAGGCAGCCCAGUGAUCGAAGGGGUGGAUGACGCCAAGGAGAUGGCCCACACGAGGCAGGCCUGCACGCUGCUGGGAAUUAGUGAAUCUUACCAAAUGGGAAUUUUUCGAAUACUUGCUGGCAUCCUUCACUUGGGCAAUGUUGGAUUUACAUCCCGUGAUUCAGACAGCUGCACAAUACCUCCCAAGCACGAGCCUCUCAGUAUCUUCUGUGACCUCAUGGGUGUGGAGUACGAGGGCAUGUGCCACUGGCUCUGCCACCGAAAGCUGGCCACUGCCGCAGAGACAUACAUCAAGCCUAUCUCCAAGCUGCAGGCCACAAAUGCCCGGGAUGCGCUGGCCAAGCACAUCUACGCCAAGCUCUUUAACUGGAUCGUGGAUCAUGUCAAUCAGGCUCUCCAUUCUGCUGUCAAGCAGCACUCCUUUAUUGGUGUGCUGGACAUCUACGGAUUUGAAACAUUUGAAAUAAAUAGUUUUGAACAGUUUUGCAUAAAUUAUGCAAAUGAAAAACUACAGCAACAAUUCAAUAUGCAUGUCUUCAAAUUGGAACAAGAGGAAUAUAUGAAGGAACAGAUUCCAUGGACACUCAUAGACUUUUAUGAUAAUCAGCCUUGUAUUAAUCUUAUAGAGUCUAAACUAGGCAUUCUGGAUUUGCUGGAUGAGGAAUGUAAGAUGCCUAAAGGGACAGAUGACACUUGGGCACAGAAAUUGUACAACACACAUUUGAAUAAAUGUGCACUGUUUGAAAAGCCCCGUCUAUCAAACAAAGCUUUUAUCAUCCAGCAUUUUGCUGACAAGGUGGAAUAUCAGUGUGAAGGCUUUCUUGAAAAGAAUAAAGACACCGUUUUUGAAGAACAGAUUCAAGUUCUUAAGUCAAGCAAGUUUAAGAUGCUACCAGAACUCUUUCAAGAUGAGGAGAAGGUCAUCAGCCCCACCUCAGCAGUGUCCUCGGGGCGCACACCCCUCAGCCGUGCUUCUGUGAAGCCUGCCAAAGGCAGGCCAGGCCAGAUGGCCAAGGAGCACAAGAAGACGGUGGGGCACCAGUUCCGAAACUCCCUCCACCUGCUCAUGGAGACCCUCAACGCCACCACUCCUCAUUAUGUGCGCUGUAUCAAGCCAAACGACUUCAAGUUUCCCUUCACGUUUGAUGAGAAAAGGGCAGUGCAGCAACUGAGAGCGUGCGGGGUGCUGGAGACUAUCCGGAUCAGCGCGGCGGGGUUCCCCUCACGGUGGACUUACCAAGAAUUUUUCAGCCGCUAUCGUGUCCUAAUGAAGCAAAAAGAUGUGCUGGGUGACCGGAAGCAGACAUGCAAGAAGGUGUUAGAGAAACUGAUACUGGACAAGGACAAAUACCAAUUUGGUAAAACAAAGAUCUUUUUCCGUGCCGGGCAAGUGGCCUAUCUAGAGAAACUGAGGGCAGACAAGCUGCGGGCUGCCUGCAUCCGGAUCCAGAAGACCAUCCGGGGGUGGCUGCUGAGGAAGAAGUACCUGCGUAUGCAGAGGGCAGCCAUCACCCUGCAGAGACAUGUGCGCGGCUACCAGGCCCGUUGCUACGCGAAGUUCCUGCGCAGGACCAAGGCGGCCACCAUCAUUCAGAAGUCCUGGCGCAUGUUUGUGGUCCGCAGGAAGUACAAGAUGAGAAGGGCUGCGACAGUGGUUCUGCAGGCGUAUCUGCGAGGCUACUUGGCCAGAAAUAGGUAUCACAAGAUGCUUCGGCAGCACAAGGCUGUCAUCAUUCAGAAGUGGGUCCGGGGCUGGCUGGCUCGCAUCCGCUACCGGCGUUGCCUGCACGCCAUCAUCUACCUUCAGUGCUGCUUCCGGAGGAUGAUGGCCAAGCGCGAGCUGAAGAAGCUCAAGAUUGAGGCGCGCUCUGUGGAACGCUAUAAGAAGCUGCACAUCGGCAUGGAGAACAAGAUCAUGCAGCUGCAGCGCAAAGUGGAUGAGCAGAACAAAGACUACAAAUGUCUCAUGGAGAAAAUGACCAACCUGGAAGGAACGUACAACUCUGAGACAGAGAAACUACGAAGUGAUCUCGAGCGUCUCCAGCUAAGCGAGGAGGAAGCCAAGGUCGCCACCGGCCGUGUCCUUAGUCUGCAGGAAGAGCUUGCCAAGCUCCAGAAGGACCUGGAUCAAACUCGGUCAGAGAAAAAGUCCAUUGAAGAACGGGCAGAUAGAUACAAGCAAGAAACCGAGCAGCUGGUGUCAAACCUGAAGGAAGAAAACACUUUGCUGAAGCAGGAAAAAGAGUCCCUCAAUCACCUCAUCGUGGAGCAGGCCAAAGAGAUGACAGAAACAAUGGAGAAAAAGCUAGUGGAAGAAACAAAGCAACUGGAGCUUGACCUGAAUGAUGAGAGGCUGAGAUACCAGAACCUCCUGAAUGAGUUCAGUCGCCUGGAAGAGCGGUAUGAUGACCUCAAGGAAGAGAUGGCCCUGAUGGUGACUGUGCCUAAACCUGGACACAAGAGGACAGACUCCACGCACAGCAGCAAUGAAUCAGAGUAUACCUUUAGCUCUGAGCUCGCAGACGCCGAGGAUAUUCCAUCGAGGACAGAGGAGCUCGGUGAGAAGAAGGUGCCUCUGGACAUGUCACUGUUCCUCAAGCUGCAGAAGCGGGUCACGGAGCUGGAGCAGGAGAAGCAGGUGAUGCAGGACGAGCUGGACCGCAAGGAGGAGCAGGUGCUGCGUAGCAAAGCAAAGGAAGAAGAAAGACCACAGAUCAGAGGUGCAGAACUAGAGUAUGAGUCCCUCAAGCGCCAAGAACUGGAAUCAGAAAACAAAAAACUGAAAAAUGAGCUAAAUGAGUUACGCAAGGCCCUCAGUGAGAAGAGCGCCCCAGAAGUGACUGCUCCAGGUGCACCGGCCUACCGCGUCCUAAUGGAGCAGCUGACCACCGUGAGCGAGGAGCUGGAUGUGCGCAAGGAGGAGGUCCUCAUCCUGCGGUCCCAGCUGGUGAGCCAGAAGGAGGCUGUGCAGCCGAAGAAUACAAUGACAGAUUCCACAAUACUUUUGGAAGAUGUACAAAAAAUGAAAGAUAAAGGUGAAAUUGCACAAGCAUACAUUGGUUUGAAAGAAACAAACAGACCACCUGCUCUGGAUUGCCAUGAGUUGAAUGAGGACGGAGAGCUGUGGCUGGUUUAUGAAGGGUUAAAACAAGCCAACAGGCUCCUGGAGUCCCAGCUGCAGUCGCAGAAGAGGAGCCAUGAGAAUGAGGCUGAGGCCCUCCGUGGGGAGAUCCAGAGCCUGAAGGAGGAGAAUAACCGGCAGCAGCAGCUGCUGGCUCAGAACCUGCAGCUGCCCCCAGAGGCCCGCAUCGAGGCCAGCCUGCAGCACGAGAUCACUCGGCUGACCAAUGAGAACCUGUAUUUUGAGGAAUUAUAUGCAGAUGAUCCUAAGAAGUAUCAGUCAUUCCGGAUUUCACUUUACAGACGGAUGAUUGAUUUGAUGGAACAACUGGAAAAACAGGAUAAGACUGUCCGGAAGCUGAAAAAACAACUCAAAGUAUUUGCCAAAAAGAUUGGUGAACUAGAAGUGGGCCAGAUGGAGAACAUAUCCCCAGGACAGAUCAUCGAUGAACCUAUCCGUCCAGUCAACAUUCCCAGGAAAGAGAAGGACUUCCAGGGAAUGCUGGAGUAUAAGAAGGAGGACGAGCAGAAGCUUGUCAAGAACCUGAUCCUAGAACUGAAGCCACGUGGCGUGGCAGUCAACUUGAUUCCCGGCUUGCCAGCCUACAUCCUGUUCAUGUGUGUCCGACACGCAGACUACCUGAAUGACGACCAGAAAGUGAGGUCGCUGCUCACAUCCACCAUCAACAGCAUCAAGAAGGUGUUGAAGAAAAGAGGUGACGAUUUUGAAACUGUCUCCUUCUGGCUCUCUAACACAUGCCGAUUUUUACACUGUUUGAAGCAGUACAGUGGAGAAGAGGGCUUCAUGAAGCACAACACAUCCCGCCAGAAUGAACACUGCCUCACCAACUUUGACCUGGCCGAGUACCGGCAGGUCCUGAGUGACCUGGCCAUCCAGAUCUACCAGCAGCUCGUGCGAGUGCUGGAGAACAUCCUGCAGCCCAUGAUCGUCUCAGGCAUGCUGGAGCACGAGACGAUCCAGGGUGUGUCCGGGGUGAAGCCGACUGGCCUGCGGAAGCGCACCUCCAGCAUCGCCGAUGAGGGUACCUACACGCUCGACUCCAUCCUGCGGCAGCUCAACUCCUUCCACUCGGUCAUGUGCCAGCACGGCAUGGACCCGGAGCUCAUCAAGCAGGUGGUCCGGCAGAUGUUCUACAUCGUGGGGGCCAUCACGCUCAACAACCUCCUCCUGCGGAAGGACAUGUGCUCCUGGAGUAAAGGCAUGCAGAUCAGAUACAAUGUCAGUCAACUGGAAGAAUGGCUCCGUGACAAGAAUCUGAUGAACAGUGGGGCCAAAGAAACCCUCGAGCCACUCAUCCAGGCCGCUCAGCUUCUGCAGGUGAAGAAGAAGACAGACGAUGAUGCGGAAGCCAUUUGCUCCAUGUGCAAUGCUCUCACCACCGCCCAGAUCGUCAAGGUGUUGAAUCUGUACACUCCAGUUAACGAGUUUGAAGAGAGAGUCUCUGUGUCGUUUAUCCGCACUAUACAGAUGCGUUUACGGGACAGGAAGGACUCUCCUCAGCUGCUAAUGGAUGCUAAGCACAUCUUCCCUGUCACCUUCCCUUUCAACCCCUCCUCCCUUGCCCUGGAGACCAUCCAGAUUCCUGCCAGCCUGGGCCUGGGCUUCAUCGCACGGGUCUGAGGGCUGACAGGCGGGUGUGGAUGGACAGUGUGUUGACUGCCUGGAAAAGAACCAUCAUUUCCAGUGAGCUCCUGAAAAUACCUUCUUAAAGCAGAAGUCCUGAUUAGCUCUCAAAUGAGAGAGUAACCGGAAAUCCCCCUAGAAUGCAUUCCUCUUCUGGAUUAGAGAGAUGGGUCCGUUACGUUGAGAGCGACGCUCACCCCUGCUCAAUCCGGUGUUCUGAGUUUACAUACGGCUGAAUGGUGAGAAGGGAGGGAGGAAGAGAAAGACCAGGAGGGAAGAAAAUGCCUUUUCAGCUGCCAGCGUUAUUUUAAAUCCUUAGCACUGCACUGAAGUAGUAUAGAACCAUAAUCUCCAUAUAUAAUAUACGUGUGAGCUCCUGUUAGGAAGGCACCGACAAAGAACCUCUGCACAGAGCAGAAGAAUGAAAAGAAAAAUGGCCACUGGCUGCGUAUCAGGAAUCAGUUAUGUUGGUACUGUCAAACUGGAUCAAAGAAAUAAACUGGCAAUAUUAAA